GAAGUGCCAGGCAGCCCUAAAACUUUGCACCCCACAUCCGUCUCCCGCUGCUGCCGGGUUUGUGGGGUGACACCAUCGCUCCCUGUCCAUCCCAGAGCUCCCCCAGGCUCGGAUUCCCAGCCUGUUCCCAGCUCCAGCCGCUCCGUGCCCAUCCCAGCCCUUCCUGCCCUGUUUUCCCGAGAUUUUAACGGGCUGUAAAACCCGUGGGAGGAGAAGCUCUGCCCGGCCCUGGGAGCCUCCCCCGGGACCAGCCCUGCCCGUGGCCUGGCCGAGGGGAAGGUGAGAGCUCCGAUGGCCUCUCCUCACGCAGGGAAUGUCCCCCCAGGGGUGGAUCCCGAGGCGUUUUCCUGGUUCCAGACAGUGGAUACGGAUCGCAGCGGCUUCAUCUCCGUCAAGGAGCUGAAGCAGGCGCUGGUCAACAACAACUGGUCCUCGUUCAACGAUGAGACCUGUCUGCUCAUGAUCAACAUGUUUGACAAGACGCGGUCAGGACGCAUUGAUGUCUACGGCUUCUCCGCCCUGCUCCGCUUCAUCCAGCAGUGGAGAAGCCUGUUCCAGCAGUAUGACAGGGAUCAAUCCGGCUCCAUCAGCUUCAGCGAGCUCCAGCAAGCUUUCUCCCAGAUGGGCUACAACCUGAGCCCCCAGUUCAGCCAGCUGCUGCUGGCCCGGUACGCCCAGCGUUCUCCCAAUCCCAGUAUCCAACUGGACCGGUUCAUCCACAUCUGCAUGCAGCUGCAGAGCCUCACCGACGCCUUCCGGGAGAAGGACACGGCGCUGGUGGGAAACGUCCGCCUCAGCUACGAGGAUUUCCUCGCCAUGGUGGUGACCCGGAUGCUGUGACAUCCCCUCUCCAAAGGCUGGGAAUUCUGGAGCUCUCCAGGAGCUUCAGCUGUCUUCAUCUUCCCUCUGGGAUGUGGCUAAGCUCCCUUCCCCUCCGAGAGUUCCCCCUGGGGCCAAAUUUCCAGCUUGAUCCACCCCAAAUCCUGCUGGUGUUUUCCUGGCUUGGAUUCCUAAUGUCCAUUCUGUGGGAGUCAGGAUGAAUCCCAUGCCAAACUGGGACAGCCAAAGCAGCUUAGAUCCUGUGCCAGCCCCAAAUUCCAGCUUCAUCCCAAGGUGCCUGCAGCAGAACAUCCCUGUUUUGGGGAAGAAAAGCUGAGCCUCGGGUUUGGAAGCAGUAGGAAAGGGGAAAAGUGAGGACAAAGCUCCUUCCUUUCCUCCCUGAGUGUCCUGGGAGCUCAUCCCGCCCCCAGGAAUGCUUUCCUGGGGGUCUCAUCCCCAUUUCUCCGGGGGCUGCUGGAAUGGGAUGCACUGCUGCAGCCCCACGGGAUCGUCCCCUCACUGUUGCCAAUCCUGAAGCCAAAUCCAGACAAAGUUUAGAGCUCAGUUCUUCCAGCUUUGGAAUAAAAGGCGUUGUGCUCCAGCUGCUCUGUGGUCUCUGUGUCCAGGGGAGCUCCAGAGGACAUCAGGUGUCUCCUGUCCCCCUCAGUGACACCAGGGGACACGUCCUGUGCCUCUCUCCUUGCUCCCAGCGUUGGACACCAUUCCCUAAAAUCAGUUCUUAGGAAUUUCAUGUCAAAAUACAGAAAAGAAAGGACUGGGAGGCUCCUGAGGCACAGAGAAAUCCGACAGAUGCUGAAGUUUUCUUCCCAAGUGACGUCCAGGGGAUAAACCUGGAAUUUGCCUCGAGGAAUCUCCAGGAGAUGUGAAGGAAUUCUUAGGGAAUAAAAGGUUAAAAGGUCUGAGAUCAGAA